GUGCCGGCUGUUUCCCCCUUUCACCCCCGCCCCAACCACGCCGCCUCGCCGCUCCUGCGGCGAUGGGGUGCACGCCGGCUGUUCUCCAACAUCCCACCGGCGAGGUAUGCACGACGGUGGAUGGGGGUGUGGUGACCAACAACAUGCUCGCGCAACAAGAUCGUGCGAGCUCAAUGGCCACUUUCUCCCCCCACCCACCACCCGCCCCGCUCGCCGACGCGGCGGCCAUGGCGUGCAAUCGGCAGUCUAACUGGAAGCCGUCUGUUCCCCAAGAUCCCAUCCGCGAUGGAAACACGGCGGCGGAUGUGAUUGGUGUGUCCAACCACUUGCCCGCGCACAGCUGCACACCACCUUACGAGCUCGAUGUCCUACACAGAUCUCAUCCUCAGCUGCGGCUCGUCCACCGGAUCUCCCAUGGUGGAAAUCUCGGGAGAAUACCCGUAUAGCUAUUUGAUGGGGAUUUUGCAGCCGCAAGCAGCGAAUUUUGGGGGAGUCGUGCAUGGUGAUCUCCCUGGCGUGCUUUGCAGAUUGGGCGCUGAGGGGUUUGGACUACGGCGGUGGCUCCUCCGACCUCUCGAUGCUCGUCGGCUCGAGCGGCGGCGGGAGGAGGACGGUGGGCGACGGCGGUGGCGAGGCGCCGAAGCUGGAGAACUUCCUCGACGGCAACUUAUUCUCCGACGUGCACGGCCAAGCCGCCAGCGGAUACCUCUACUCCGGAAGCACUGUCAACGGCGCCGGUGGUUACAGUAACGGCGGAUGCGGCGGCGGAACCAUAGAACUGUCCAUGAUUAAGACGUGGCUCUGGAGCAACCACCCGCAGCCGCAGCCAUCGCCGCCGCAGCACGCUGAUCAGGACAUGAGCACCGAUGCGAGCGCGAGCAGCUACGCGUGCUCCGACGUGCUGGUGGGGAGCUGCAACGGCGGCGGCGGCGGCGCCGGGGGCACGGCGAGCUCGCAUGGGCAGAGCCUGGCGCUAUCGAUGAGCACGUGGUCGGUGGCAUCCACUGCAGGGGGCAGCGUCGUCGUCGCGGCCGAGAGCUCGUCGUCGGAGAACAGGCGGGUGGAUUCGCCGGGCGGCGCCGUCCCGAGGAAAUCCAUCGACACCUUCGGGCAGAGGACGUCUAUAUACCGAGCUGUUAGAGAUUUCCAUUAACCUUUGCUAGUGUUAUUGUUGCUGAUCUUGUUCUGCAUGUUCCAGCUCAAGUAUUUAUCAUCAAUUUUUUAAAUUUCUCUUCAUGUUUUAGUGUAUUGCUCAUUAAUCUCAAAGCAAAAUAAUUAAUUUUUGGAUCGAAAUAUAUUAGGAUGUGUUUCA